GCUUGGAAAAUCGAGAUUCGGUGGAAAGUUGGUUCCUUCCCAGCGGUCGGUUCCAGGCUGGUGACGACUUGGACAAAGUUCCGUGAAAAGGAAAUCGAUUGCUUGUGGUUGGGUGUGAUGUCCAAAUACCAGAGGCCGUGGCCGUGUCGUCAUGGACUAGCGGGUGUGUCUCCGUGCAAGUGAUGAAGUCAUUUAUGUGCUCCAACGAUUUGUUCGAAGUUCUGUGCGCACUUUGAUCGUGAAUCCUCAAUCCGUCUGUGGUGUGAAGCUGGAUAGCUAUUUGUGGAAUGAUUAUGGAAUUUGGCUUGAAUAAGGGAUCCUCUCGGUUUUCCGGAAAACUCUAUCCGAAAACGGUGCUACGGAUGCCAGCCAGAUGUGGCGAUUCCGGUGACCCCGAUGUUUUGUUUACGUUUCAAGCGAAUGAUUAAAGUGAAGAGAAUUAUCAUCCCAUUCUACCCCUUCGGCUAUCGGUGGCGGAGAUAGCUGAUACGCCUUCGAAAACGUGCAAGAAGAAGAAAAAGGGUUUCUUCUCUCUCUUCUCGCCGUUUUAGCUUCCUCCUACAACCGAACGGGACAAGCAAACUUACAGCAUCGGACAGAAAAAUGCCCAAAAGAUUUUUUUCGUUAUUCCUAGCAAUAUAUUGUUUUUAAAUCCCAUAACAUUUUUUGUAGAAGAUGUUAUUCGCAAUACGAUUGUAAAAUUCAAAUCAUCCGGACAUCAAGAGCUUCAAAUUGCUAGCGAACAAUCUUUUCGAAGAUUGGCAAUCUAACUCGGUAAAAAGGAACGUAGCAGAAAUUUCAAUAUUGUUUGGUACCAAUAUUGUAGAAUACCAACCAAGUAAGCUAACUACAUGGUUGAAAGUCCCACAACAAUUGAGGGUAUUGCUCAUGUUCGUACUUUAAUAUUUAACUGGGGUUGAGGAGACGGUCUCUCUCAAUGCUUUUAUAAAUGACGCAAUUAUGUGUAUUUGACAGGCUGCAGAGCAAAUGCAACUAAACACGACAACAUUCUUUAAGUUUUUUCGUACGAUUUCAAGAUUGGUCGAAGUUCGAUACAGAAAAGUUGAUGGUCCGUGUGAAGCAGUUUUUUUGCAUCAAAGUUAUUAUCACGAAAUUGAAAUUACCCAUAAUUUCAUGAUGUGUUUCUCCAAUUUACUGAGGCAACAUAUUUUUAUGUUAAAUAGAAAAUGAGGUUUCGAAACGACUAUCUCUAGCGUGGUGCACUUUUUUUGUCCGAUACUGUAGUAGUAUCUGCUUUCUUCUCACUCUCUAUGUCUCUCUCUUGACACAAGAGAGACGCGCAACCCCAUUAAACGGGUUGGGAGUGGUAGUAGUAGGCUUGUUGUUAGUGGAUCGUUCUUGUCGCCGUCUUAUUACGAAGCGACCGCCGUGGGGUUGAGCUGCGGCGACUACUACUAGCGAUCGGAUUGUUUUGAAUUGAACUAAAAGCCAAAAUCCUGCCGUUUCCCAAAAACUUGUGUGCUUUUGUUCCGAUCCUACCAGUUCUACAUUUUUUUGUUUCUUGAAAUAAUCUUUUAAAUCAGUUGGAUAAGAUGAAUUGCCGUGUCUAGUGAACGAAAAGCGGAAACAGCACGGAGCAUUUGUUUCAGCAGCAACAGCAGUAAACCGUGCUCGGUGCAACAGCAAAAUGAUGAUCGACAAUUAUGAGUGCGCUGGAUACACGUUCUACUCGAAGUUUGAUUCAGGAAAUCUCGGAAAAGUUGAGCUGGUCCGGUGUGCAGAAGGACUCGGCAUCGUUGGCAACACGGUAUCGAGUGGUCCGAUUGGUAUAGGAACAGUAGCAGGAAGUGGAUCAUCGAACGUCGCGUCCAUCAGCGGUGUUCCCAUUAUCGGUUCCGGUGUUACCAGUAGCGGCAGUGGCGUGGUGAGCAACAGCACUAUCAUCGCUACCAGCACCAGUGCUUCAGCAAUCGUAGCAGCCACACUCGGCGUUGGCUUGCAUCAGCAGCAUGGAGUUACCGGCAAUAGUGCGAGCACCGCUUCGGCGAUGGCAGGACUCGGUCUUCCGAUACCGUCGCCGACACCGCACGCAACCGAAAAUCCGCUUGUGGAGAUCGAGUUCAAUCUAUGGACACGCCCGGACUGUGCGGGCACACCUUACGAGAACCAGAAUCGUACCUGGUUCCACUUUGCGGUGACGGGCGGCCGGCCGAACCAGAUCGUCAAGUUUAACGUGAUGAAUUUGAACAAACAGGCGAAACUGUUCAGCCAGGGUAUGCACCCGGUCACGAAAGUGGGCCCAAAUGGACGGUGGGAAAGGAUCAAAGAUAAACCAUCCUACUCGAUCACCAACGAUGUGUUCUACAUUUCGUUCCUGCACAAAGCACCAGAGAUCGGUUCGGAGCAGACGAAGAUCUACUAUGCGUUCACGUUCCCCUUCACUUACACGGAGCUGCUCGAUCAGCUGGCCACCUUCGAUCGCAAGUUUGGCCGCCAUCCGUUCGAGCUGAAUAAGAUGGCUUAUGAAAUAUCGCAAAAGUAUGAUACCAGUUGUGUCGCUGGCGCAACGAAUAGCACCACGCCAACGCCUGGUGAUGGUACGAAACAGCCCAGUAGUCGAAGGAAGGGAAAGUUGGCGAAAAUGGAACGUAUCGAUCGUACAAGUCCGGAGUCGUUUGACGAGACGGCUCGCGAUGGUACGGCGAUCGGGACCCCGAAACCAUCUUCGGACGCUUCCGAGUCGGUGCCGGUCGAGUCGAGUGCAGCGCUGCAAAAGACGGCGAAGCGCGAACCAUCGGGUAUGGUGAUUGAUGAGAAUACAUCCGAAUCGAUGCAGCAGAUAACGAAUCUUGUAAAUAAGGUGAAGAUCGAGUUACCACAGGGUGGAGGACCAGUGGCGUCGUCGUCGUCGUCCACUUCCGCAUGUAGCAAACUGAAGUUACCAUCGUUCCAUCAGCAGUUAAGCGGUAGCAGCGGUAGUACCGCGAAUGGCGUUGCACCAACGACUACGACGGUGGCGACAACGACGGAUGAUGACACGAAGGGUGCUGAGCAGCGCGAUGAAAUCUAUUACUACCGCGAGUUGCUCACCCAUUCGGUCGAACAUCGGCGAAUUGAGCUGCUAACGAUUAGCUCGUUCCACGGAAUCCAGACGGCUCGGGAGCCGCGUUUACGCAAUCUCUUUCCAGAAGAGCAGGCCCAACGCUGCCACACGUUUCGGGACAAGAAGAUUGUGUUCAUCUCAUCGCGCGUACAUCCGGGUGAAACCCCCGCCAGCUUUGUGCUCAAUGGUUUUCUGAGUAUGCUGCUCGACCGGAAGAGUAUCGUUUCGCAAACGCUGCGGCGCAUGUACGUGUUCAAGGUGAUUCCGUUCCUCAAUCCGGAUGGUGUUUACAAUGGACUGUACCGUUCGGAUACCCGGGGUCACAAUCUGAACCGCGUGUACCUAGGUCCUUGUCACGAAACGCAACCAGCGAUCUAUGCUGCACGUAAGCUCAUUAGAUACUAUCACCUGGGAACGGACGAAGUGGAACCGUACGAGCUGGAGCAAGAAAAGAAAAGUUCGUCGCCCGAAUGUAUACAUCAGGUUGCUGUAGGAGGUCCACCAAACACCAUCAACCAAGGUGAACCAAGCACUGCAGAAGACGCCGAAGGAUCGACGAGCACGGUUGCAACAUCGUCAGCACCAACGAAUGUUGGUACUAGUGCAGCGUUAGCAACGAAAAAAGGUAGACAAAUCUCGUCGAUUAUUGUCGGAUGUGCUCCACCACCCCCUACCAAUAUCGCGGCCAUCAUUGGGCCAACGACUGCCACCACCAAUAACACUACUACCACUAACUCCAGCCAGAAUCGAGCUACUACUAUUACUACUACCAACACUUAUACACAGAAUCACAAAGCUAAACUUCCCUCAUUGAUCGUGCCCUGUACCGGUGGCGGUAACACUAUCACUCCGAUCGCACCAAUCGCCGUCCCGGCGAAGCGGCUCGCGCCCUCGUCCUUAACCUCAUCUGCUGUAUUGUCAAUCGAGGGGAACCGGAAGCGACGAACAAUUGAGCAACAGCAACAGCAGCAGCGUUCGGUGAUAGCCUUUACGACACCAGCUGCCAAUGCAUCCCCCGUAUCACAGCAACAAAAACAACGACCUGCCGCUGCGGGGACAUCGUCGUCAUCGUCGUGGUCGGAUAAAUUGUUUGGCAAAAUACUGCGUCGCCGUCGCUCGAAGUCGGGCAUUGGCAAGGAUGGCAAGCUGUCACCGAUUGCACAGGCUUUACCAAGACCGACCUUACCGCUGCCACCGGUUGUCGAAGAGUGUCUUAAUGAAACGAAACAUGCUAACACUAUGCCAUCACCACCACCAUUAUCAACACCCUCCGACGAUGUUGCAACGGAUCUGACGAAUGUGUCUCCACUAACUGAUGAAUCGGAUUCUAUCGAGCAGGAUACACCACCGGCCUCUGAUUCUGGGUUUAGUGAAGCGAGCACCUCGUCGAAGGUCGUCACCAUGUCCAGUAUUUCAUCUGCUGGCAGUCCGGUGGAAGAACCGGAAGAAGGUGCACAGCAGGAACCAACAGCUGCCGCCAGCGUUACCGCAACUGAUCCAUCACUAAGCGUCAUCAACACUACCACCACCACAGCGGUAGCAAAUCCGACGUUGGCUCCAACCAAAGCGUUCACCGAAAAGCUUAUACCGGAGCUGAAUCCGAUUGUUAGCGAAGCUCCACCGGUGUCGUCCGUGCGACCAUCGAUUGCUGGUCGCAGUGGCUCCAGCCUCAGUAUUGUGAGCACUGGUAGCAAGAAGUCGGCGCAGGCGAAGGUUGACUCUGGCAAGGGAAGCAAGGGAGGCGGAGGGGCCUUUCAUAAGCAGCAUCAUUCGCUCAACAAACCCCAGUUUAUUGGUGUAACGCCGACCGGUGGUGGCACGUUAAAGUUGAAAGACUGUAUCAUCCAUCACCAUCAUCAUCAUCAUCACCAUCAUCAUGCACUUCAUCAUCAUCAUCAUCACACUGGUGCGAGUGCAGCAGCCAUCGGUUCGGUUGGUGGCGGUAGUACUGCUGGAGCAAAACUCGCAUUGGGAACGUUCAAAAAAGGUGCUGCCAGCAAACAACAGUUCCAGCAAUCAGGCCAAUCGAUUGCAACUUCGUCCUGCUGCUCAUCGCUUAUCGGUACUAAUACUGGAGGUGGUGCUGUCGUCCGUACUGCCACCGGUGAGCGCAUCCUUGGCGAGGCAAUGGGAGGCAAGUCACGGCCACAGACGCCCCAAACACAGCCAUUGACAACGGUCUCUUCGGCGUCGUCCUCGCUAAUGUACGGUGGUAGUGGUAGCCAUUAUCGAUCGCACCGCAACGAGUACCUCAAUCCGGGAGGUGGACCCCAACGCCAGCUGAACAUUAGUCUCGACUUCCUGACGCAGCAACUGGAUGAGCGUAACGAGCGGGUGGUGUACGAGGAUCGGAGCAAUCUGUUCAUGUACCUCGACCUGCACGGGCACGCCUCGAAGAAGGGCGUCUUCAUGUACGGCAACCAUCUACCCAGCACGGCCGAGGCGGUCGAGUGUAUGCUGCUGCCGCGUCUGAUGAGCCUCAACUCGCAGCACUUCCACUUUGAUGCCUGCAACUUUAGCGAACGCAACAUGUACUACAAGGGUAAGCGCGAUGGUCUGUCGAAGGAAGGUUCCGGUCGAGUGGCAGUUUACAAGUGUACUGGACUGAUCAAGAGCUAUACCCUCGAGUGUAACUACAACACCGGCAAGUGUGUCAACAUCUUGCCAGCCCGGGGCAAAGAGAUUGUCGCCAAAGCAACGCAUACGCUCGUCCCACCGAAAUACACGCCCGGUGUGUUUGAGGAGGUUGGAAGAGCACUCGGUCCUUCGAUACUUGAUCUCACCAACUCGAACCCUCUGUCCCGGUUGCCGAACUGCGAGUUUCGUACGCUACAGGGGCUCCGUAAUGCGCUGCGCAUAGAAAUCGAGCGCGGCUCAUCGAAGGCACGCGUAACCAAUAAGGGUCCGAAGGGCACACAUGCGAAACGGCUUGCCAACCAGCUGUCCAACUCGAUCGAGAUUUCGAAGGAGAACGCCAUACAGUGGGCAAACGCUAACAACCCGCUAGUGGUCGGUGGUGUGCCUGGUGCUGCUGCCUGCGUCGCUACUAUCGGCAAUCAAGGGAUGGUCCCGGGUAACGCUACUGCUUGCGGUACCACUGGCACUGCGGUGACCUCAACGAACGUUGUCAAAGUGAUCGGCGAUGAGCUCCAAGGCGCUAGUGGCCCUUCACUGGUCGCUGCAGCUGGUGUAACCACCGGUUCAACCGGGGUUAGCCGUAAUACGUUUCUGAAGGCUGGUUCGACGGUUUCACACGGCAAAACGGGCAAGAUAUCGCGCAAAGGAGGUGCAGGUGUUUUUGGAAAAAAGAAACAAAAAGUACUCUGCGAUGUGAGUAGUAGCGUUACGGGAGCCGGAGCUACUGUUGUAGCGGUUCCGGGUAAUGGAAAGAAGCUACAGGAGCUGGUACUGCGUGGCAGCAAGGACCAGCAACAACAGCAAACCCAGCAACAACAACAGCACCAGGUGCCUCGCAAGAAGAUCAAAGUGUCAGGGAUGGUCGGCGUUGGUAGUGGCAGCGUAGGAACGACUGGUGGACCUAUCGCAACUGGUUUGGAACUUUGUUUUAAAGGAACCUUUGGCAGUGUGGUCGGUUCGAGUUCCUUGCCCAACUUUCUCUCCGCGGUACCCGGUGCGGCGGUAGUCACCCCAAGCGUGAUCACCACAAAGAAGGUAAAAUCGGAAUCGAAGCUCCUGGAUGUGGACGAUAUGCAGUGUGAUGAUAGCUUCGAUGCUGCACCGUGCUGCUCAUACGGGUCUGGUUCGGCUGGUGGUGCAACCGUUGCUGCCGUGACCGAUGCAGAUCUACUGAUGGUUGCCGGUGGUUCAUCUUCACUUCUCGACGUCACAUCGGCUACUACGGCCAGCAGUGAUAGCAGCAACGGUGGUGCUGUUGGAAAGUGUCGCAAAACCAAUACGAUCGGAACGAUGACGACCACCACGGUGGGCACGGCUAAAGCAAAGAAGCAACCGAAACUGGCGAAAUCGACUAAAUCGACGGGCGGCGAUGCGAGCAAGAAGAUGCUGAAAAAGAAACGAUCGCUCAAAUCGGACAGCACAGGAUUGAAGCGCAAGAAGACGCGCAUCAAGCCCGCCUUGACUUGAAUGUAGGAGACGAAGAUGAUGAAGGACAGUACCGCCUGCUACCGUUCCUGCAAAGGAGCAACCAAUAUGAAAUUACUGAUUUAAGACGAUAUGGUCGACGUCUUCCCCGGGUACAUCGGAUGUAUGGAUUGUUUGUUCUGUUUGCUUGAAUUAUCUAUACUUCGUGCUUUGUUUGGCUUGUUUGAAAUUAAAAUUGCCCUGAAUAACUAACAGUACUUUUCGUCAUCGCGCGUACGCACCUGAGGUUAUCGAAAAACCGCUUCCCCUGACCGCCGGUCUGGUCUGUGGUGGGGAAACGGUGUGAUAUUUAAUUUGUAUUAUUCAGCUUUUAGGGUACAGUUUACUAUCUUGAUUGUUUUGCUUUCUGCAACAGAAUAUUAAAAGAGGAACAAAAUUUAGAUUUCACGCUUAUUUUGUUGUUAACACUAGUGUUCAGUUGGAAUAGUAAGCUGUGGAGCGAAAGAUUCGCCACACACGUGCAAAUGCCUGCUGUCCUUAAAACCGAACAGUUGAUAGUGAUAUACAUACACAUACAUAUACAUACUAAAUACAUUUAAGCAUUUGGUGUGCUCCGUUGACUGAUUCUCACGCCACAGUAGGUGUGAGAAGAGCAUUAUUGUAACAUCAAAUAACUCGCAAUCGCAAGCAUUUUUACGCAAAGGUAUUUGGUUUUAAAUGAUAGUGCUUAUCACAUGACGCUGUUGAAUUUGUUUCUUUUUUUUUUUUAAUUUUUUGGUUUUGUUUUUUGACGGCCACGACGACGAGAUAUGGUCCUCGGGACUGUGUAGGUUGUAGGAUGUAGGUGUAUAGUAUACUGUAUUAUCUCCCAGACCCACUUAGAAUAGUCACGCAUAAAGAGAGGAGGUUGAAUUGAACGAUGCCUCCUGGCCAUAGAAGCAACUUGCAGCAACACUAGUAGGUGCCUCAGGCUCCGUCUACUCGAUGAGAGCGCAUCACCACUUGCUUUGAUUCUACCGAGCAGCCGUUUAACGUUCUAGAGACCACCGUCAGCAGCUGGGCGCUAGAGAGUACAUGUACCAUAAGGAGGAAAAUGCUCAGUUAAGAUUCAGAAAUACACAAAAAGACUAGAAAACCACGCGUGAUGUGAUACGAGGUAGAAUGGAAUGCGAAGGGGCAGGUUAAAGUGGGGGAGUGGGAUUGUGGCAAUAGUGCAUCCAAACCAGAAGAAUCAACAAACUGAAAGUAAUAAAUAACAGUUCACAAAAUGGAGCUCUCCGUAGAUUUUUUUUCUUGAAGGAAAAAUCGUAUUGAAAAGAUUG